AUGGGAAUUUUUAAAAUAAAUUAUUUUUUUUGUACAUUAUUAGUUAUAUAUUUAUGGGAAACGUUUUUAUAUAAUGCUAAUUUAUUUGUAACUUUAUCUAAUAGCAUAUUACAAAAAUAUGAUUUACAAGUAUACCAUAAAAGAAGGAAUCUUGCAGAAAGCAAUUUUUCUAGUACUAGCAAUAAACGUAAUUAUGAAAUUUUUCAAGACGAAAGUUUAUAUGCAUAUUGUUUAUGUGAAGUUGAAUACCUGUCAGUAAAAAAAUCGAUACCUGUGAUAAUUGAUGAGCAUGGGAAUUUGACUAAAGAAGUUGUUAAGGGAGUUACUAAAAUUGAUAAUACUGUUCGUGUGCUCCUUAAUUUUAAGGAUAUUAUAUUUUCAGAAGAGAGAGUUCAAAAUUUAAUAUUAAGAAUGACUAAUCGUUUUGAAGAAAGAAUUUCAAGUCCCUUAAAAAAAAGUGAAAUUGAUCUCAUGUUAAAACAUCUCGAGGCUGAGUUUGAGUUAUCAUAUAAUUUAUUCCAAUCUAUAUAUGAUCAUCAUAAUGGAGAGGAUAUAAAUAGAAUUUUAGGAGAUUGGUUAAUAAAAGCUAUUAUUAACCUUUUUCAGUACACGAUGCUAGGUUACUGUGCGUGUAUAUACAAGUACCCACGCACUGACUCAUUAACAAAGGAUAUUAUAAUUUUUGUAGUACACUAA